ACCUGCAAGCAGCAAUUGGCGCCUAUUAUGACUUUGAGAGCCCAAACAUCAGUGUACCCUCUAUGUCCUUUGUUGAAGAUGUCACCAUAAGAGAAGGGGAGUCAAUACCUCCUGAUACUCAGUUCAUAAAAACAUGGCGGAUCCAGAAUUCUGAUUCGGACAGAGAAACACAGAACUGAGUCAUUUAAUAGCAUAGAUGCAAAAUUCUAGGAUCUAAACUUUUGACAUCAUAGAAGUAUUGGAAGCUUCAGAAACCUGAGCAGGAAACCUUGGAGGUUAAAGUGAAAAUUUGAAACUGUCCUUCCAAAGAUGGGCAGAGGCCUGGCCUCCAGGGGUUUGUCUUAAAUAUGUCGGGGGAGACCAGUUUGGACAUGUGAACAUGGUGAUGGUGAGAUCGCUAGAGCCCCAAGAGAUUGCAGAUGUCAGCGUCCAGAUGUGCAGCCCCAGCAGAGCUGGAAUGUAUCAGGGACAGUGGAGGAUGUGCACUGCUACAGGACUCUACUAUGGAGAUGUCAUCUGGGUGAUCCUCAGUGUGGAGGUGGGUGGACUUUUAGGAGUAACGCAGCAGCUGUCAUCUUUUGAAACAGAGUUCAACACACAGCCUCAUCGCAAGGUAGAAGGAAACUUCAACCCGUUUGCCUCUCCCCAAAAGAACCGACAAUCAGAUGAAAACAACUUAAAAGACCCUGGGGGUUCCGGGUUCGACUCGAUCAGCAAAAACACAUGGGCUCCUGCUUCUGACCAAACCGAGCAAGAUCAGAAUAGACUCUCACAGAACUCUGUAAAUCUGUCCCCCAGCAGUCACGCAAACAACUUAUCAGUAGUGACUUACAGUAAGGGGCUCCACGGGCCUUACCCCUUCGGCCAGUCUUAAACGGGUAUCAGCAAGAA